AAUACGUUACCAGCUGAAGUUGCAAACAUGAGGCUGGUGUUGUUGCUUUUUGGCCUUGUGGCCACAACCUUGGCUGCCUCAUUUGGAUCCUAUGAAGUCGCGCCUGAAACCCAUAGUCUCGAUGACAUCGUUACUCGUUGGCUAAGAGGUGUUAUUGCUGAUUUUUCUGACCCCAAUCACAUUGAUUUUCGCGCUGUUGAUAACUUCGAUUUUGGAAAUUCUCUUGUGACUUUAAAUGGCUAUCUACGUAAUGUCCAAGUACGUGGGAUGUCUGGAAUAGUCGUUAAUAGGAUGAAUGUUAACUGGCAGAAUCUUCGUUUUGAUUUUGACAUCACUGUACCCCAUUUGAGCUUCUCUGGUGAUUGGUAUGAUCUUCGUGGCCGUUUUGUGAAUAUUCUUCCCAUUUUUGGUCACGGACGAUUCACCAUUGAUCUUUGGAACUUAAACCUCAAUGGACACACUACUCUUAGUGUAAGGGCUAAUGGAAUGCUCGAAAUGAGGAACUUCCAUUCACGCUCUCGCUUACAACGAUUCCAAACAAAUUUCCACAAUCUUCUCUUUGGCGGAGAAUUUGGAGAUCUGUGGAAUUACAUCUUCAGUGACAUGUUGCCAGCAAUUAUGGAGAAUUUCCAUCCAGAAGUAACACAAGUUGUUGAAGCUGCUGUACUUCCUAGGUUCAAUGAAAGAUUAAAUGCGAUCACUCGUGAUGAUUUGUGGGAUAUUAUACAUGGACAACGAUCAACUGAUCAUCAAUUUAUUGAGUUCCUAAUUGAAUCCGUCAUUAUGGCUGGUUUGGAAGUAGAAACCGAAAAGCCAGAGCCAUAUGAGGUAGAGACUGAGAAGCCAGAGCCUUAUUUUGCGAGGACUUCUCUUGAACCAUAUGAAGUAGAAACAGAGAAACCAGAACCAUAUAGAAUGGAAACUGAGAAACCAGAACCUUACAUGGUUGAGACUGAGAAGCCAGAACCGUAUAUGUUUGAAACUGAAAAACCAGAACCUUAUUUCGCAAGAACUUCUCUUGAACCAUAUGAAGUAGAAACAGAGAAACCAGAACCAUAUAGAAUGGAAACUGAGAAACCAGAGCCCUACAUGAUGGAAACAGAGAAGCCAGAACCUUACAUGGUUGAGACUGAGAAGCCAGAACCAUAUAUGUUCGAAACUGAAAAACCAGAACCAUAUAGAAUGGAAACAGAGAAGCCAGAACCUUACAUGGUUGAGACUGAGAAGCCAGAACCGUAUAUGUUUGAAACUGAAAAGCCAGAACCUUAUUUCGCAAGAACUUCUCUUGAACCAUAUGAAGUAGAAACAGAGAAACCAGAACCAUAUAGAAUGGAAACUGAGAAACCAGAGCCCUACAUGAUGGAAACAGAGAAGCCAGAACCUUACAUGGUUGAGACUGAGAAGCCAGAACCAUAUAUGUUCGAAACUGAAAAACCAGAACCAUAUAGAAUGGAAACAGAGAAGCCAGAACCUUACAUGGUUGAGACUGAGAAGCCAGAACCAUAUAUGUUCGAAACUGAAAAACCAGAACCAUAUAGAAUGGAAACAGAGAAGCCAGAACCUUACAUGGUUGAGACUGAGAAGCCAGAACCGUAUAUGUUCGAAACUGAAAAACCAGAACCAUAUUUCGCAAGAACUUCACUGGAACCAUAUGAAGUUGAAACGGAAAAACCAGAACCGUACAGGAUGGAAACAGAGAAGCCAGAACCUUACAUGGUUGAGACUGAGAAGCCAGAACCUUAUAUGUUUGAAACGGAAAAACCAGAACCAUACAUGGCAGAAACCGAAAAGCCAGAACCUUACUUCGCCAGGACUUCUUUGGAACCAUACGAAGUAGAGACGGAAAAACCAGAGCCAUACUUCGCCAGGACUUCUCUGGAACCAUAUGAAGUUGAAACGGAAAAACCUGAACCAUAUAAUGUCGAACCUGAGCUUGAACAAUUUCCUUCUGUAAUUCAUAUUCCACUUGGCAAUAAUGCUUGGAUUACGUCUAUUACUGUGAAAAAUAUUAAAUAAAUGAGAGUUAAUAUUAUUUAUCCACAUGUAUGGUAUGUUUAGUAUAAGAAUAUGAUUAAAAUUAAAUAUUUUGUAUUUUUAAUUACGUUUAGGAAUAAAUAAAGUAAUUGCACACUUAA